UAAUGUAACGGCUCCGACAUUAGUGAUAGGCUGUGUUUAAGUACUGACCUGCUCCGCAGCACUACACAAUCUCGCUCUCCAUUCAACACCAAAAAAACCCUCUGACUCUGUUCUUUGUACUGAAGAGGACGAGUAAUAACCUCUCGCAUCCUUCUCUAAUGGCCGUCACCCUAAAAUCCAAUGGCUUCAUCUUCUUGAAGAAAACCCACAACCAGAUUUCUCUUCCUGUCGCUCCUUCCCAGUUACGAUUUUCUUCAGUCAAAAGGUUUACUUCAAUGGCGGCUCUCACCACUGUCCCUACCGUCGGACUCUCUGAAACUUUCUCCAGGUUGAAAGAACAGGGAAAGGUGGCAUUUAUCCCUUUUAUCACUGCUGGUGAUCCUGAUCUUGCGACCACAGCAAAAGCUUUGAAGGUUCUUGAUUCGUGUGGAUCAGAUAUAAUUGAACUGGGUGUCCCGUACUCUGAUCCUUUGGCGGAUGGUCCUGUUAUACAGGCUGCGGCCACACGUUCCUUGGCAAGAGGGACCAAUUUUGAUUCAAUCAUUUCAAUGUUGAAAGAGGUGGUUCCGGAAUUAUCUUGUCCAAUUGCUUUAUUCACAUAUUACAACCCUAUUCUGAAGCGUGGUACUGAGAAUUUUAUGUCUAUCAUAAAAGAUGUUGGUGUACAUGGGCUUGUAGUCCCAGAUGUUCCAUUAGAGGAGACUGAUAAUUUAAGAAAGGAAGCUCUGAAAAAGAAUAUUGAACUGGUAUUGCUAACCACACCCACUACUCCUAAUGAUCGAAUGAAAGCCAUUGUUCAAGCUGCUGAAGGAUUUGUCUAUCUGGUGAGCUCAGUUGGAGUUACUGGAACCCGUGAAUCUGUUAGCGGACGAGUUGAAGGUCUUCUGAGGGAAAUUAAAGAGGCAACAGAUAAGCCCGUUGCCGUUGGUUUUGGCAUAUCAAAGCCUGAGCAUGCAAAGCAGGUUGCUGGAUGGGGAGCUGAUGGCAUAAUCAUUGGCAGUGCCAUAGUGAGGCUGUUGGGCCAGGCAAAAUCUUCUGAGGAAGUCUUGAAAGAUCUCGAAACUUAUGUCAAAUCUUUAAAGUCUGCCCUUGCUUGAAAGUUGAAACAAACAGCUUGUCGAUAGGUCAAUUGUAAUAAAAGUGGAGCCGCAAUUUUUUUUGAUACUGUUGUAUUGUGACCUUUCAAAACUGAAAUAAGAAUUCCGAGCACACCUUUUAGUUCAA